AUGCAGCACCGGGGCGUCUCAGAUCUAUUUAGCACCACGAAUCGCAAGAUAUGGGAGAUGAUUAUAGGCGGGCGUCCGCCCUCGUCCAAUUUCCCUUUCAUCCCGGGGCUUCAUCUCGCACCUGGGAAGAAUGUCCUGGUGCAAAAGACUCCCCGAGUUCAUCCAGGCCCUUCUAUCCACCCUUACGGCUCGUCUUUCCAAGACGGCGCAUCACUAGCUUGGUACUCACCUCCGUCUCCCUCCUCCCCCUCCCUCGCAUCUCGGUUCCGAAAGCUCGCUCUUUACAAAUCCUGGGAGUACGCGUCGGUCCAUGGUGGCCAGAUCAAUCGCGCCCUCCCGCGGACUGCGAUGUCGGUGAACACUCCACCUCCUUCCGCGGAAACAAUCAUCUCCCCACGCGCGAGUCUGUCGACCGCCGAUCCCGCGGCACUGGACCAUCUGGAUCAACAAUUGAAGCGUCUUUCUGACGACGUCCUCCCUCAGCAUCCCUAUCUCCUGACCCUUCCUACGAAUGCGCCUUAUCACCUUGGGCCUCGCUCCGCCAACAAUUGGGCCGUAGGAUAUGAUCGGCCAUUCGGCCUCGAGGAACAGGAACUUCAAUACGUGACAUUUCUCACUCACCACAACACUGACUCUUUGUUGUUGGCGGUUGGGGAUUGGUCGGACGAAACAGGGCGCAUGAUGGCCGACCACUCAACCGCGCCCAGCACAGAAAUCCCAAGAGAAACUGUGGCCAGGAAAAAGAUUAGUUUGAACGACUACAAGAAUCAGAAAAUCACGAGUCCCGCAACCUCGCACGCGUCCCAUGAGGCAACCCCCCGAGACCCAACGAAGUUACCCAUGCGCGAGGAACCACGGCGCGUUUCCAGGCCGGACCCUGUCAAGAAGAGCGAUAAGAACCAGCCGCCUGAUAACCCCUCCAAGUCGCACCCGCACCUGUCGCCGGGCAAGGGUCCCAAGAAACGACCAUCCACGUCGGAUAUCAAACACCUCGGUGUGCUAGGGUCUCAAGACCCCGAUAUGCACUCGUCCAAGAAACCACGCCUGUCCCCAGAGAAAGAACCGCGAAGGGAGGUUACUCCGUCUAAAUCUAAUACCCCGAAGUUGCCUGCUCUAUUGUCUCCAACGCUUCCCCCGACCUCGACACCUAGGCUCCCAAGAUUGCUCUCUCCCACCCUACCCCCCGACAUCGAAAAAGAGCUAGCCAGACUUGGCGACCAGUCACCGAUCCGCACCUCUCCCAAACACGACACGACUACAUUCAAAUCUAAGCGAGAUGAAUCGAUACCGCUGCGGUCCCCGGCUCCUUUUGCCAAAGAGUCCCAGUCGAGGUUAAUUGUCAGGCUAAGAUAUGGCAAAGCUAACCGGCGAUGGGUCGAGGGCUUGUUGAAGUUCACUGGUGGCAAAAAGAAGGUGCCACGGCCCAGCUCGCCAACCGGCCAAGACACUGACACGGAGGAACCGAGCAGAGUUGAAAAGAGGCGCGAUGAAACGACCUUCGGGCGCGAAAUCGUUUCUUCUGACCGAUCCCGGGCCAGGUCUAAACGUGAAUUGGAUGAAGGCGACUCUGCAGCAAGAGCCAAGGAUCCGAAGGGACCUGGGGAGAAGCCUCAGACUGGAGCAAGUCAUCCUCCUCGCUCAAUCCCAAACGUCAACGACAAAUCGAAAUCCUCGACUAGUCUUACGCCCGUCAAGGCCUCAAUGGCUCGACGAAACGGUCUUGGGGAAGGCGAGGCAGCACUCCCAUCAACCCGGCGAGGGCGGUCGCGUAAUUUCGAUCGUCGAGCGUGGCGUGAUGAGUUCCAGAAGUUCAGCAAUAUUGGUCGUGAAUUGAAACACGCCGCCGUGCGAUCGUCUACCACUGACGAAAAGCUAGCAGCUGUCACAGCGAUCGAGGCCAUCAUGGGCUUCAUUCUUGCAUUUGUGGCCGAUGAUCAAUCCAAAACAAUCGCAAGGCAGGUGGGAGACUCUUCCUCGUGGCAGUCUAUCAUUGCAUAUUGGCGGGUGGUUAUGAAGAACAGUACCUCAUACCCAAUCCUACAUAGCCUUUGUCUGCUCUUGGGUGCUGUAUCAUACGGAGCCAUUCAUUCGCUUGAUUUGGAUCGUCUUGCAGCGAGCCCUCUACCUGGUGAACACACGCCAGUCCCUACGCCCGGUAGCGAUGGCAGUACUAUGCCGUCGGAUGAGAACAAAAAAAGCCGAAGGGAAUUCUUAGAGCUGAAAAACCGGCUUCCUGAAAGCUUCAAGGAGUCUCAAAAACUGUGGAUAGAGGGAACUCGAGGCCUAUCGGAGGACACAUUAAGAAGAGAGUUUCCAAGUACCUGGUCUUCGCGAUCUCAUAAUCACGCAGAACGAGGCCGAACCGUGUUAAAACCCGGCGAAUAUGUUGGGGACUAUUUUCUACCUCUUGGGGGAAUUACUCCGCCUAUUGAAGUGGUGCGCUUUGGCUGGUCUCUUCUCCAAGAGUGGUGUACGCAAGAGAAAGUAGACUGGAAGAGUCGCCUGGGCUUGUAG